GCCUUUACAAUCUUCAUUUUCAGUUUCCAGUUUCACCUUUUGCCUUCUUCUUCUGGUUCCUCCUCUGAUCGCCACGGAGAAAGAAAUUUCAGCAGCAGGAGUUUACCUGUAGGUGUCGAGCAGACGAGAGAAUGAAAAGCCAAAGCAGUUACGUGCCGCCUUCUUAUAUUCCAUUAGAUCAGUCUGAACCAGAAAUAGAGACUCUUCCAAGCAGUGGUGACCCAGCUAUUCGUCAGCCCAUAAGUGCUGGGCCAACACACUGGUCUUCUGGAAUCUGUGCUUGCUUUGAUGACCUGCAGAGCUGUUGUGUUGGUCUUUUCUGUCCUUGCUAUCUGUUUGGAAAGAACGCAGAGUUUCUUGGUUCUGGAACUUUAAUGGGUUCAUGCACAACCCAUUUCUUGCUGUGGGCUCUUGUCAACACCUUAUGUUGUUUGUUGACUGAUGGCAUCUUAUUGGGGCUACCUGGAUGCUUCGUCGCAUGUUAUGCUUGUGGCUAUCGAAGGGCCCUAAGAUCAAAGUACAAUUUGGAGGAAGCACCUUGUGGGGACUUUGUCACUCAUUUUUUCUGCCAUCUCUGUGCAAUUUGUCAAGAAUAUAGGGAAAUCCGUGAGCGAUCUGGUGAUGCAAACCCUCCUGAUCUUACAUUAGCAGUGGUCACAGCUCCGCCAGUGCAGACGAUGGACUCUCCUCCAAAACAGUAGGGGCUAUCUCUUAAAACCAGUCCUGCAGCAUGCCACUUCCUCCUGAAUUGACUUCACUUUUGGGGUCUCUCUUGAUACAUCUGUAUGGUGGCUCUUGUGAUUGUAUCCUUAGGUUAGAACUAACAUGAUGAACAAGCCACCCUUCAUGGAUCCUUAUUUUCUUUGAAGGCUUCGCUUUCUUGGGGCAUUAUUGUGGAGUUGUCUUGAGUCCUUUGCCAGGAGAGAAAGAAACAGAACCAUCAGUGCUCUUGAAUUCUAUUCGAUCAUUUGUACAUGAUGAUUUGGUUUGACUUGUGUCAUGGUGUUGUUUGGUUUUACUGGGAGCUUCAAAUCAAAGUAUCGUUGAUCUG